AUGGCAGCUGUCAUCGGAGACUUUGCAAACCAUUCCGGAUUCCACACUAUGAUCGCAACCCAGGGCCUGCCAUAUUCCCAAGAAUCAUCCCACGCCUCCUCCCACUACCGAUCCAGCAGCCACUCAAGAAGCUCCACCCCCCGGAACCACCCUCCAGCAAGCCGGCAGCAGUCUUCGAGGGCCUCUCCGAGGUUCUCUGCGAGCUCUACUACCGCCAGGGUGCCGACUGCCGACGACACCGCCGCAUCGAGAUUACCCUCGCCCCCGGACUCGUCGUCUGGCAGCGCCAGUGCCGGUGCCGGAAGCGCCUCACAAUCCGACGAAGACCUGAAGGCGAGGUAUACAACUGCGUCCCAGGAUGGUCAGAAGCAGGUCUACAUGGACUCCUCAUCCGCGCACCAGCCUGCGCAGGGAUUCUCCGCUGCCGGUCUUGCUGCCUCCGGUAGUACCCCCAACUCCUCGUCUCAGACCGUCGCCGGAUCCGCCCAGCCAAGUCAUGUCCUCCCCUCUCCCGCCUCCAAUUCUGGCGAUCGAUGGAGCGCAUCGCAGUCCACACUGACCUCCUCGCCCGCCUCCGCCACACAUCAAACCACCAUCAAGGUCCGCGACCUUGCCCACGUUCAGGCCCUCGCGCGGUCGGGCAUGACCUCGAGCGCCGUCGACGACGACUCCCCCUUACAAGCCCUGAAAUACGACCUGAGCGAGUGCCCCAUCGGUGAUGUCAUUGAGAUGGUUGCCGCCCUGCUCACCAAGAUCACCACCACCAACGACCAGCAGCACGACGCUCUCAGCAGGAACGCCGUCGAGCGCAACGCCAGCCACGUUAAACAGGCACAGGCCCAGAACGACGGUUUGGCCUCGGAGAACAGCAUGAGCCCCCUGAGUAGCAGCGUACUCGCAUUCCACGGCAAGAACGUGCCUGCCAUCACCAUAUUGAGCUAUUUGAGCCGGAUACACAAGUACUGCCCGACCACGUUCGAGGUGUUUCUGAGCCUGUUGGUCUAUUUCGACCGCAUGACGGAACGGGUCAACGACAUCGUCAUGAAGGCAGAAGAAGCCAAGAAGUCCGGCCAGGCACAGGAGCAGGCCGAGCCCGACGUCGUCAUGAAGGAGGCCCACGGGGACAGCAGCGAGAGCGACGAGGAGCUAGACGAGGACAUUGUCGAUGAUUCAGAAAGCGACGGGGAGCAACCCACGGAGCCUGCAGUGCCCAGCAGAGCGCGAGGGAGUGGCCCAGGGAAGGCCGGAGGGGUGCCCUCUGCCGCCAGCCAACCGACGUUUUUCGUUGUCGACAGCUUCAACAUUCAUAGGUUGAUCAUCUCUGGUGUAACAUGUGCGAGCAAGUUCUUCUCGGAUGUCUUUUACACAAAUUCGAGAUAUGCCAAGGUCGGAGGUCUCCCACUUGCCGAGCUCAACCACCUAGAGAUACAGUUCCUCCUCCUGAAUGACUUCCGCCUCGCAAUCCAGGUUGAGGAUCUGGAAGCCUACGCAACGAUGCUCGUCGAGUUUUAUGCGCGAGAGGUCGUUUCUCGGUCUGCCGCGGGCGCGGCCUAG